CAGCUCAGUACGUCAAGGCUGUCCAUAGGGAGAUGGCAUCGCUAUUUUUAGACCACGUUUUCCACUUUUGCUCAUCGAAACCGACUACUUUAUCGACCUAAUUUUGCUGGGCGAGAUAGGACGCCGUCUAUUUUUAGACGAUGACUCAGCACUUUUACACUCUUGCACUUAAAAAAAACCAGGUGGCAGCACGAUGUAACGCCACGUCCCUAUUGAGUAUGGCACUAUUCUGUUUGUAUAUUGAACCACUGAUACGCAUGCUAUAUGCGUGUGUUGAUGGGUGCUUGAUAAGCAAUUGCUUCGUCAAAGUAAUUGCAUAUGCAGACGACAUCAACAUGCUCAUCCGAAACGACCAUGAGUUUGACACGGCCCUUGAACUAGUCAACUAUUUCAGCAUUUAUGCUAAAAUUAAGGUGAACAUCGUUAAAUCUCAAUUCUUGAGGUUUAACAACUGUCGAGAUAACAUGAACGCGAGUGCACGCGAUCUGCUUCGGUCCUCAAAUCGGGAUUAUUUAUUGCGUUUGUGUGUGUUUUCAUCGAUAUUCAUGUUAAAUGUAGUGAUUAAGUCAUAGGCAAUGCAUUUUUGAGUGGAGUUUUAGUGGAAAAAUGUAUCAAAUACAGAAAAAACGGAUUUUUUCGAAAAAAUAUAUUUGCUGCAAAGCUGGGCUGAUGCUACGCCCUCCGGAUGCAAGUCCAAUGACAACUUGUUGUGCGAUGUUUUUCUUCUCACAGUGGUGCGAUGAAAGUGGGAAGGAGAGGCCCAGAUCAAAAGUCCGUAAACCCACGAUGUUUUGUAAGGCAACGAUGUUUUUUGAAAAUUUCGAUGAACUGUAUGCAGCGCGUUAGAGUAAAAGAGAAAGCAUGCUUUGUAUUUUCAUCGAAGUUUCACUAAGCAUGCUAUCUCGCUCCUUCAUGUUUGCGAAUUUUUCGGCAGUUCUGUCAAAGUGUCAAACGAAAAAAGAACAGCGUGCGGUGCACGUUUGCUCCUGUUUGCUAAAUCACGAAAGUUAGGCGCAGUUAUAGGUGGAAUUGGCAGGCCAACAAACACCCGGUGAUUGUCGCCUUGUUGGUAGGGAGUGAAUUUUAAAGGUAAAUUACAGUUUGUCUUUUUUUCAUUUGCUUUAAACUUCUUUUCUACUUUUUCAAUUUUAGGGCAACAGUAUCAGCAAGGCCAAGGAGGCAAACUGCAAGGAUCAGGCCCGACGGACGGUCGCCACCGUGCAAAAGCCCUCGGAUGGGAUACUGUUCGGAACAAGUUCGAGGGACAGUUCCAGCUCCAAGUGCCCUCAGAGCGACUGGUGAGAUGCCCCACGAGGUUCAGUUGACGAAGACCGAUCCACGUACAUGUCCAUCACAAGCGGUCCAACGCAUUUCCUCCGCAAAACUACAGACAUUAAAAUCGCCGACUCCGGUGGCGUCCCUCUAUAGCAGGCUUGGGUCCUCAACAGCAGCGAGCUCCGUGCGCUGAUGCCACCGUUCAUGUUUCGUGGCAGCGGAGGCGCAGGUGGAAGUUCCGAAUCGCCUCCGCCGAACGGUCCACCUUUGUCGGGACCGAUGAACGACGACCGGGACAAUCGUGGAAUGCGAAACAACAUUGUGGGCGGAGGCGGAUACAAAACUAACUAUGCUACCGAGCUUCGUCUCGGGCGGUGCAUAUCAUCAUCAAUUUUAUGGACCAAACUGCCGACGCAGUCGGGCGGUAAAUAUCGUGAAUCGUACGGAGGAGGUGGCGGUCGCUGACAUCGCGAACAAACGCAACCUUCAAGGUUGGCCACUUACAGCAGCGAGACCAGCACUGAUAUCACGACGAACACCGGCAGGACUCUUCGUCGGUGGCGGCUCCGUUCGACCGGAGGUUGCCGUUUAGCGGCCCACCAUCGACCAUCAGUCAACGGCCACCUGCCUCGCAACAAAAUGGCCACGCCGGCGUCGGAGGUCGUGGACUUGAUGCCUAGACCAAAGAACGUCUCAAGUUGCGUCGGGAGGAAUCAUCCAGUGGGCCAGCAGCAGCGUCGGGAAAUGGAUCGUGGCGAUUGGUAUGGUUGUAACCGCGGUGACAUGGUCCCACGGGAGAUUAAUUAGAAUUGAAUUAUAAGUGGAAAAAUGAUUGCAUUUAAUCAACAGGUCGUCUUUGAACCGGCGAGGUACACAGGCAAGGCAACUCCUACCUAAGCUAGCGCUGGAAAUAAGUUAUUAGCUGAGCAACGUAAGUUUGGUGAAGCGGAUCGAGUACAAACAAACCGAAAAACUCAGCCGCUUCAAGUGCACAAAUUUCACCAACGAUGGUCACCAGCUAUAUUUCCCCUCCAUACAAAACAGGAAACCAACAAUAACCUCACGUAUUCGGAGGCGAAACUGACCCACCUGGGCAAACAAACGCUGACCAAGGAGCACAAAUCGUCGGAUGCGAACAGAAAUCUCCGACUCACCGAAUCUACCGUGCACGGUGGAAUCCUUGGUCGAGCAGGUCGUGGAGGAACCAGAGACCAGGUUCAGCUAGUCGAAGAAGGAGAAUGAGCUGGAGCAGAAUGGCACCAGGACGUAAGGACGUCGAAGUGGUCAAGUUGGAAGAGGAGGUGGACGACGGUUUGGAACGCCUUGUCCGGCAAGAACUGGUAAAUUCAAAGAUCUUUUAUAAUAUGAUCACAUACCCGACUAAAGAUUACUCCAAUCCAAGCUCCAACCUAAAAAGAACCGGAACGCCGGCUUCCAGAAAGAACCAGCCUCACCAUCAGAAGCGCAAAAUUUCGUGCCGUUCAACACACCUGCCGCCGUUCCAGACACUCAUUGAUGCACAACUCGACAGCUCGGAGAAGGAGGAGAACCACAAUGGCAUGGAUAAGGUACUUAGAAGGAAAAAAAAUAUUGUAAAACUCCACAAAAUUGUUUUUUUUUUCUUUCCACUCUUUCCAGAACCGAACCGGACGCCAUGAUGCUGGUCUAAAACGUUACGACAAUGGUCUGUCCUCACCGGGACCACCUCGCAUUUGACGCAGGAGCAAUCUGCGGAAGUGGAGAAUUUGGCUACUGUCAAUCGCUUCGAAAGCAAUCCCAGCCGGCUACAACAAGGUGGUCAUGUUCCGGUCGGGGGAAUCAGCCACGCCUAAGCCAGUCUACCUCAAGGCCAUUCUCCCAGUGCUGCCCACCGAACAGCAGGAACUGGCCUAGCAGGCAGCAAAAUGGAUUAAGCAACUGAUAAGCAAGUGGAACAAGUCCUUCAAGCCGACGAGUCGCGAGGAUAUGGCUGCACCCACCACCUGCUGAACCGAUCCCGCCGGCAGAGUCCCCCGAAACUACCCAGCUGGAUGAUUCCGGUUCCGGAAAACGUUCAUGAAAUCAGUGGCAAACGCGACUGUGGUACUGCCAACGGAAGGUGGUCACGGAGCAGCCGGCGGUAGCGUUACCGGUUUAAGGAGCACAGUCGAGAGCAGAAUCAUUUGAAGCACCAAUUGGACAUAAAACGACAGCUCUACUGAAACCUGGUGGACCAGACGUUUCAACGCCACCAAGAACAACCUCCGAGAGCGACCAACAUCGUUAGGCCACGCGGGGUCUAGAUGGCCGCGCACGAAAAACUUUUCAAGAAGAUGCCCAGCGACGUAGAUCGAUUUACCAGGGCACUUCCAUCGGGCCCGGAACACCAAAGAAGGCGAUAACAGCAAACGCCAAAACUAAUCUUGAAACGGAACAGUCGUUGCGUGCCGCUUCGGAAGCUGCCCAGAUAGGUAGUCCGCGGCUUCGUGCAAAACAUUUUCGUGAGGUCUCGGACAGUGCGUCAGCGCGCAAUAAUCCGAACGUUCCGACCUGGCUCGCCAGUUCCGAGAGAACACUUUCGAUGAGUCAGGAAACAUCACAAAGCUAAAUGCAUCCGUCGAGAUUUGCAAGUCGGUGUCCGGAAACGUCCAGAAUCUGCAGAAGGGCCUUCGAAGCUGGCCAACAAUGUGAAGGAAGUGCGCGUGAAUAUGACUAAGGCCUGGGACGGUGGACCGCCGGAAGGUGGCUUGCUGUCGCAUCUGCACUCUAUUCCAAGUUUGGACGUCAACAAUUUACUCAUUCCGGUGUAGAAGCGUUCCAGAAAGUUCAACCUCCGCAUCGUCCAGUUCAUGUCCGUCUGGUGGUCAAUAUGGUGCUGCUGCUGAGCGGUUGCCCCGAUACCGGCGAAACGAACCCACUCCGAUGCGGUGAACUAAAGCGGGCCAGCAGCCUCGUCGGGAAAUUGAUCGUAGCGACCGGGAUGAUGGUGACAGCGAUAUGGUCCCCGGGAGAUCAUGAAGCGUCACAUUAACUCCGAGGAGGACGAUCGCUUCAGCAGCCGCGCCCGGAGUCAUCCAUCAAGAUGGGCGGCUACGGUGACCGUAAACGCCGCAGUUGAAUCAAUGCGUUUGGACGUGCUUAUUUCCGGUACUUCAGGGCUGUGGAUUCAAAGCAGGAGUCGGAUCUUUUUGGCCUUGCAACUGUACCACUUGGAGCUGGCCCAGGAGCAGAUGGCAGCGAAACCAGUGCAGCGGGAGCUUAGGUCAAUUUUUUUAAUCUCCAGAAAGUGGGUUCUGUGCAUCGACCAGGACGUUGGCCCGGGAAUGAAAAAAGGUUACGCGCUGAAUUUUCGACGACCCCGCAGGAUGUCAACAGAUGAUCAAAAAGCUGAGGAACCAUUUGAGGCGUGCCGCCUUGUUGACAGGAGAAAGUAGAAGCUGCCUUGUUAUAAACUUCCGUUACGCCAAAAGCAGCACCGGCCGGCGAAAUGCUACGUGGAGUCAUGAAGAACAAAAACAUAACCCUACUCAAGAUGCGUAUGUACAUCGAGAAACCCUAUUUUUUAUAUUUCUUCUGGCACUCCACCUCCGGUAGUUUCUUACGGUGGAAAUCAACCGGUAAACCUGCAGCGAUGGAUCAACUAGGCCAACGACACCGUCUACGAUAGUCGAAGAGCGGUGCGACGGCAGGAUAAACCUCGUGGAUAGCAACGUAAACCCUUCAGCAUUCUCAAGACGGAAAAUCAAGAACCAUCCAGUACAGUUAUGUGCCAAAAAAUGACCCGGAGUCCCGACCAGCCACACCUUUCAUUAGGCACACGAAGAUGACUCCAACCACAGAAGAAUCGGAAUCAAAAAGAACCAGCCAGACAAUUCCGUGCCGCUCAACGAACCUGCCGUCGUUCCAGACACUCCUCUAUGCACAACUCCCCGGCUCGGAGAAGGAAGAGAACCACAAUGGCAUGGAUAAGAACCAGAACCGAGCCGGACUUCAACUCAGACGCCACGAUGCUGGUCUGAAACGUUGCCGCCCGUCCUCACCAGGACCACCUCGCAAUAGGCGCAGGAGCGGUCUACGGAAGGGGAAUCAAAGUAAUCAUCAAUUCAAGGAGGACGAACACGACGGAACGCUCGAGCGGUCACUGGCAGGAUUUACCGCGAUAAGAUGGACGAAUACUCUAUUUCUGCAACGUCCUCGAGCUGUGGCAGCUAAUCGGCCAACCGCCAACGCCAGCGCCACAAAUCGGUGGGGGAACUCCAGAAGCAGCAGCUUUUGCAGCGCUCCAAGCUCGGCGGGACCCAGUUCUUCGCCAACAAAACCCAACAACAGCAACAACUCGGACCAGGCGGCAACGGCAUUAAACCUUGGCCAAGAAGACUAACAAGAAGCAGAAUCACGCGGGAACGCCGUCCGCAACCGGCACGCGGCCAUGGCACUGCAAGCGCUCUCGGAUUGAUGCCGCCCGAAACCUGCUCGAAGAACGGCUGCGGCUUAGCAAGUUCCUUCCGAAGCGACGGGUUGGAGACGCGUUUUGGUUUAGAGCAAACAGAACUUUUGCACGAUCCUUGAAAUCCACUCCCCCGCAAGCUCAUUCUGGAACUGCCACACCGGACGACCACGUUCUUGCACCGCCAUGCAAGUUCCCUCGGAACGACCGGUACACGAACUCUCCCAGGUCCAGAUCAACCGGAACCUGUCCCGCUAUACCCAAAGCCCUUCCUCGAAGACCGUCCUACCGAGGAACUCGUGUUGAAACAGACCAACUAAACUAAUUGCAUGUAACUUCAAAAAUAAACAUAUUUAAACUUGAAAA